AUGGGCCAUAGCCGCACCCGCACCAAGGUGGAGCAGUUCAUGUUAUGCGCCAAGAUGUCCCACCUCACACGGACCAUGUCAGAGCCGUGCUGCAUGACCCGCGGCAUCGCUUCGGUGCUCCGUAAGAGGCCCUUCUCGGCGUUCGAGCUGGUGUCGGCGAGGGAGGUCAGUCGCGAGAACGGCGCCGGGUUCUCUGCGGCCGACCGAGCCUACCUUGGCAGGCAGCACAUCCCCAGCAAGGGGCCCUGGGGCUUUGCCGACGCGGACAGCGAGUCCUACGUCUCGCAGUUCUCCGCUGCUGGCUCGCUGCUCAUCGCUGGGUUUAAGGGAGGUAGCUGCAUCAGAGUCUACGACGCCAAGAAAGGGUGGAAGAUUCAAAAGGAUAUAAGCUGCAGAAUGGUGCACUGGACCUAUUUUGAUGCAACAUCUACCAGGUUAAAUUUCUGA